UCAACAAGGCGGAUCCCUCCUCUGCGAACUCAACCCGAAUCGACACCUCUUGAAACCUACACUCUGCGGGUCCAUACUCGCAUUUCUCUCUUCCUCUGCCGCCUUUUCCUCUCUUCCGCCGUUACUAGGACCUCUUCACACUCAUUCUCUCCCCCCCGUACUCCUGCAUUCCCCCCCUCGCCCUCCCAUUGUAGCUUUUCCUUGCUACCUGCGAUUACGCCAGUACGUCGGAGUGCGCUAGCGGGACCUCCUACUAAUAGGCAUUAGCGCGCAAAUGAGAAACCCACUGCAAAAUAAAGCGAGACCUGGUCGAACCUGUCGGGCGAUCCCUGUGCGGGCGUGACAUCGUGCAACGCCGUGGGACAAUAAUCGUCGUGAAACUCGGAACACGAGGACCUGAUAGAGGGUCGGAUAGAGGAUCUUCGCAGCAGGAACGUCAAUUGGGAGCUGCCGCGAUCGAGCCGUCAACACACCACCAUUUCGCCACUCGCCGCGUAAUCUCCUUUCGUCGCAGAUCCGCCGAUCGCCUUUCAACGCAGCACCAUUUUUUUUCCCUGAGGAAAGGCCCUCCCGAGCAUUUCCAGUGUACAUCGUGCCAGCUCGGACGAGACUGGUUCCACCUUCCAUCAGCACACGCGUCCUCUCGCAACGUCGGACCGUCCGUCCAAAUACUCGUCCGGCAGAAGCCCGAAUAAGCAGUACCGGCAGUACCGGCAGCAACGGCAGCAGGAGAAUGGCUGUAACAAGCCCGAGCAGGAUAGGAUCGGCAGCAGCUCAUUGCAGUCGUGCUGCCAGUGGUCGUACCAUCAAUACUACCAAUACUGCUCGCGUCAUGUUCGAGGCGUCCCCAGGUGGCCGGUUCGCCCGGAAAUCCACUAAGUUUAGAUUCCCCGCGUCCUUCCCCGCGUCCCUCCCGCUCGUUCUGCUCCUCCUCGCGAGCUGCCUCGGUAGCAUGGCUCCGCGCGGCCUGGCGUGGCGGGAGGCAGCGGACCCCUGCUGCGCGGGGCAGACGGACGGGUUCCACCGCCACCCCACGGACUGCAGGCGCUUCUGCCUCUGCACCGACGGCGACUCGCGCGGCCGCGUGUUCUUCUGUCCAUUGGGUUACGCCUUCGACGCGCGUACCAAGACGUGCCGUAACGACAGCGCCGUCGCAUGCCCGGGGACCGGCAUCCCCGCUUCCGCCCCCGCCCCCGCCGCUGGCGCUGGCGCUGCUUCCGCGACUGCGCCGCAGUCCGCCGCCGCGCCGGCUCCCAGCAAAGGCGGCCACGACCGUGAUGACAAUAACGCGGAUGCGCAUAACGGGAGUGAUUCGUCGGGCGGGAAGAAACACGGAAGCGAGGCAGAGUCGCGUUCUGGCACAGAGUCGGACCAUGGCUCUGGCUCUGGUUCUGGUUCGGGAUCGGGUAGCGGGGGGGAGGCGUCGCUGUGUGCGGGGCUCACGGACGGCUUUCACCAGCACCCAGACGACUGCAGCCGGUUCGUCUUCUGUCUGAGCGAGCGUGUGAAGAGCACGGUGAGCUGCGGCGCGGGCAUGCGGUUCAGCGAGGAGUCCAAGACGUGCCAGUACGCCUUCCUAGUCGACUGCCCCGUUGCGGACACGUCAGCAUCAGCCACGCAAGCGUCCACGUCAGCGUCCACGUCAGCGUCUGCUUCAGAAGCAACCUCCUCCUCCUCCUCCUCCUCCCUUCCCACGGCAUCGGUUGCGUCGUCCUUUGACUCUGGCCCAGAGCCCUCCUCCUCCUCGUCCUCUAAUCUGUUCACCACUGCUGCAGCCCUGGGUGGGGGCUUCCAGUUUGGCUUUGGCCCCGGGCGCGGCAGGGGUAAUGGGAACGGGAAUGGGAAUGGCAAUGGCAAUGGCAAUGGCAAUGGCAAUGGCAAUGGGAACAACGGUGGCAAUAGUGGUGGAAGCAGUGGCAGCGGUGGCAGCACGGGGGUUGGUGGUAACACAGGGAGUGGUGGUAGCACGGGCAGCACCGGCAGCACUGGCAACACCGGCAGCACCGGCAGCAGUGCCGGUGGUGGCAGCACUGGUGGCCCUCCUGUGACAUGCUGCACCAAGAAGCCCAAUGGCUACUGGCAAGACCCGGCCGACUGCAGCGCCUUCUGCAUCUGUCUGCGGGGGCAAGUAGUCGCGCGCCUGCAGUGCCCCGCGCCACUCCUCUUCAACGACAACGCCAAGGCAUGCGACGCCCCUGGGAAAGUCCUCUGUGCUGCAACCGACAGCAGCGACGGUGGCAACGGUGGCGGUGGGGGUGGUGGGGAUGGGAAUGGUGGCGGUCCUACACCCUCCCCCGCUCCCCCUUCCUCGCCCUCUCCCUUCCCUUCCCCCCCUCCCUCGCCCUCCCCCCCUCCCACGCCCUCUCCUCCUCCCUCUCCGCCUCCCCCCGGCACAUGCUGCGAUGGCCGUCCGGACGGGUAUUUCCAGGAUGCGUCUGACUGCAGCCGGUACUGUAUCUGUGCGGGGGGGCGGCAGACGGCGCUGCAGCGGUGCCCAGCCGGACUGAUUUUCAACGAUGCGGCCAAGGUGUGCGACGGGGCGUACAACACCACGUGCAACGGAACCGUUAUCAGUGUGCCCUCCAUGGAGGACAAGGUGGGCGGAACACAACCGUUCGCAGCAGACACAACCCCCUCGCGCCUCAACCGCUUCUCGCGCUACUCGUCGCUCAUCACGUCCCUCCCGGACGGCGUCGACUGGCGCUGGGAGGGCGUUCUCACUCCCAUCCGCGACCAGGGCGUGUGCGGAGUCUGCUGGGCCUUUGCCACCACCGCCGCCGUGGAGGCAGCAGUCGCAAUCGCUGUGGCUAACUCUGGUUCUAAUGCACGGUCGUACGGGUACCGUGCGAGGCGGCGGUUCUCGGUGCAGCAGGUUGCCGACUGCACGCAGACGCCUGCCGUUUCGGCCGCGACUAUCGGCGGGUACAACUACAACAACCCUGCCACUGCCACUGCUGCUGCUGCUGCUGGCACCGCCUCGGAUCCUGCUUCUUCUACCAGUGGAGAUUCGACUGUGGAUUCCACGGCAGCAACGGGGCUGGGCUCAGGCUCGGAUCCUGCAGCUUCGGACAAUCUGGACAACCUACUCUCUAUCUGCCGGCCCGGGUGGCCGGGGGAUGCGUUGGAGUACGUGGCGGCCGUGGGGCGCCUGCAGCUGGAGAAGCAGUACCCGUUCGUUGGGGAGAACAGCACCGCCCAGUGCACCGCCCCCGCCCCCGCUGCUGCUGCUGCUGAUGGUGCUGCUGGGGGUUCUCCUGCCUGGAGUGGUGGUCCUGCUGCUGGUGCUGGUACCGGCAGCAACGGAUGGGGAGCAUGGCAAACGCCCCCCGUGGUGCGCUACGAGAUGGUGCCUGCGAGUGAGGAUGCGCUGCUGGCGGCAGUGGCGGCCCAGCCAGUGGUGGUCAACAUCCAGUCACGCGUGCCCUCCUUCCUCGCCUACACCGGGGGUGUCUACUCCGACCCCCUGUGCGACAAUGGGCUACUGGACCACUCGGUCCUGGUGGUGGGAUAUGGCACGGACGAUGACACGGGCACGCCGUACUGGGUGAUCCGCAACACCUGGGGCGACGCGUGGGGCGAGGAGGGGUACAUGCGCAUGGCGCGCGUCGGGGGCCGCGGCACCUGCGGCAUCACCAGCAUGCAGGGCUUCUACCCUGUCACCGCCAGCGCGUCGCCAUGUGACGACCCCAACCCAUGCGGUGCAGGCGAGUGUGUGGUGGACAGCAAGAGGAAGAGCAAGGGCGGCUACCGCUGUGCCAGCUGCCCUGACGGCUACGCUGUCGUGGAAAACACUGACAAGUCCCAGACUUGUGUGCCAGUCGACGCCUGUUUCUCCUCGGCCUUCAACCCGUGUGGUGUGGGCGAGUGCACCAAUGUGGGCGACGGCACAUACUCCUGCGACUGCCCCACGUCCACGUGGCCUGUCAUCCGUCCCGAUGGCUCGCCCACGUGCACUGUUGGCCGAGCCGCUGCCUUCUGCCCAUCUCUCUUCACCACCACCCCCAACGACACAUGCCAGUCCGUGGCCGCCUUUGCCCGUAUGACCGUGGACGAUCUUCUAGAGGUCAACCCGGGCCUAAUCUGCGACAACCUGAAGGGCGGGCAGCAGCUCUGCAUAAGCCUUAAUCUCCCCUGGGCGGCGCGGUGCCUCUAUGGCAAGUACACUGUCGUGCGGGGGGACACGUGCGCGGCUAUAAUCUGGAAGAAGUAUCGACGGUCGACACAGCUUUAUGUGUCGAUGAAUGGCGGGCCUUGUGUCAACUCGAGGCUUUAUGUGGGUAUGGUUUUGUGCUUGCCGAGAUGAGGUGGGUAGGGGAGGGUUGCUAGUGGAUUGGAUCGGAUGUUGAUGGUGGGGGGCUCGAAGAAAAAUUAGGUGCUAGCAGUUUGAAACGGGGGCAAGUGGGGAUGGCUUGGUUCCGCAUUCAACCUACUAGCAUGCUGACAAAUAUGAGUUGCGGGGUAUCAUAGCUUGAUGGUGUGUCAUUUGUGUUGUAUGGUGAUAAGAAACAACAGUUGGACCUUUGUUGGACCUUUUU